AUGAACAAUUCCGGCGAGGCGUUUGUCAUGGUGCAUUCCACGUCGGAAAUUAUCGAAAUGUUCUAUCAACUUGCUUUCUUUGUUAUCGGAACUCCAAUCAACGUUUUUGCGCUAAUUAAGACCAGUCGAAAUGUUCGUGAAGGGGGUGUGGAGUCGCGUUUGGUAAAGCUCAGUAGACAACUGCUCAUUGCUCAUAUCAUGGUCCUUUUUAUGUACGGAAUCUGGAGAAGCUACUGGAUCUACAAUAUUGUUUGGACCCAAGGCGAUAUUCUUUGCCGUGUAUUCAGUUUCCUAUGUGCUCUUCCGUUCCAUCUCUGGUCGAAUAUGGUCGCUGCUAUUGCAAUUGAUAUGUUGUGUUGUAUUACAUCCCCUCUGAGCAGCUAUCGAACCGGCGCGAACCGAGUUAAUUGGCUCAUUACUCUGGCUUGGGGCUUUGCGAUUCUGUGUGCAUCGCCGAUGAGCAUUCUACGGGGAACCAUUCAGAUCAACGAUGAAGAUAUGUACCAGUGCUACCCGCGAACUGAUGUGUUCAAUGAUGAUAUUCUGAUUGCUUUCAACUUGUUCCAUGUUAUCACUUCUUUCUAUAUCCCAUUGUUUAUCGUUAUCAUUUGCUACUUGGCUAUCGGAUUCUCGAUUCGGAAGCAAAUGGCAGAACGACGUCUACUUCAGGAUGGAGGACAAAGCGGACAAAAAACCACCAACACCAAGGCCAGAUUCUUGAGAGCGUCUGUUGCGAUCAUCUGCACUUUCUUGUUCACCUGGCUUCCAUAUCAAGUUCUCGCUCUUCUCCGCAUCGUGUGCAUCUCUGAAGAGUGCCAGGAAGUUGUUAGCAAGCUCAAUUGGCUUCAAGCUAUUAUUAUUGCCAGCACUUGCAUCAACCCAUUCUUGUACCGUUUUGGCUCUGAGCCAAAACGCAGUUCUUAUUAUUGCUCGACGAUGGACACGGCUGGUAAGGAGGAAGCCGGUCAGUCCGCCGAUCGACGACGGUUCGUGAAGCCGAAGCCCAACGGGUUGCAGCUGCAGCGCAUCGGGCACGGUGCGGCGGUGUCGAACACCAACAGCAGCAGUCAACGAACCUCGCCAACCCCACACUCUCGCCUCGGAGUACACGCGCAACGGUUCGAGAACCGCCGCGCGUCCCACAUCGACUCAAGAACACCAAAAGUAAUGAAGUUUAGAUGCACUGGGAGCCUGGAUGGACGUGUGGAGCAGUGCUAA